CUACUGCUAGCUUCACCAUCAAGUUUCUAUUUGAAUUUGCCGCUACCUUUUUGUACCCAUUUUUCGCCAUUUUUGCUGCGUACGCAAUUUUAAGUAUAGGAAGUGCUAUGGAAAUAAAAGAAUUUGAAAUACCAGUGCCUUGGGGCCAUGUCGCAGUGAAAGCUUGGGGUGUUGAGACCAAUACACCGGUACUCACAAUCCAUGGAGUAUCGGACAAUGUUGGCUCCUUCGAUAGACUGAUACCACACUUACCUGACACAUUUUAUUAUAUAUGCAUCGAUCUACCGGGUCACGGAAGGUCAAGUCCUUAUCCACCUUAUUUGCUGAUUACGGCGUUAAAUACGAUAUUAACAAUGAAAUUAGUAGUAGAUUAUCUUAACCGGAAGGAGUACAUAAUAAUGGGGCACAGCUGGGGUGGACAAUGUGCAAUAUUAUUUACACAACUAUAUCCCGAAUAUAUUCUUAAACUGGUUGUGCUGGAUUGCUUCUACUUAUUUCCAAUAGAGGCCAAAAACUUUAAAGAAUCCUUAAGAACACGCAUCGACGGCCUGAUUAAACUAAGUAAAAAUACUGCCAACAGAAAACCAGCAUAUUUCACGUACAACGAUGCCAUAAAUAAAAUGAUCGACGGUAGAUUUGCUGGUAUGGUUUUGUCCAAAGAGGCUGCUGAACCUAUCGCAAAUCGGGGAUUAGUAGAUCAAGGAAAUGGCCUGUACAGUUUUGCUGUGGAUCCCAGGAUGAGGUACUUUACCAAUCUAAUGACUUCUUUCGAAUAUUUGGGAGAAAUUGUAAAUAAGUAUCCGCUAGUUUGUCCCGUAUUAAUUAUAUAUUGUUCCGAUUCCGAUUUUCAAUAUUAUGUUCUAAAGAGUGUUGUAAAUGAGUACCAGAAAUGCAAAAAUAUUUCUAUAGUCCAGGUGCAUGGCAGUCACGAUGUACAUAAUAAUACUCCGGAAAUUGUGGCACCUCUAGUGUCAACAUUUUUAACAAGUAUAGCUAGCAAAUUGUAACAAAAUUAGUUUAUUAGUUUUUAACAUAGUAGUACUAUAGUUUUUGGGCAGGAAGGGGGGUAUUUUGAAAAUUAACCUACAUUUUGUAGUUUAAUUUGAAUUUGUUUUAUCCACAUUACAACUUACGGUUGGUGGGUAGUUCAGAAUUUUUAUUUUUAAUUAAAAACAGUAUUUGGGAAAUAAAAUUUGUAGAAAUUC